AUGAUAUCUACGGAGUCGGGUUUGGAUCAAUUAUUAGGUGACCAAAGGUUGAUGAACUCCAUCAACUCCCUAUUUAUUAAUGGCUUUCAACAAAAGCCACUUGAUAUGUCAGCGCUGGGGGGUAUGAAAAAUCUUCGUCAGCUCUGGGUGGUAAAUAGUCAGUUCAUGGAGAUCAAUCAGACAAGUCCAUUGUUAAGCAACCUCUCAAAGGUGCGUAUAAUGAAGUGCAGUGGAAUGAAGGAUCUGACUUGGCUGCUGUUAUCUCCAAAUCUUGUCUACCUUAACAUUAAAUUUUCAGAAGUGGAAGAAAUUAUAAAUGAAGAGAAGGCAGCCAAUCUUACAGGUAUUACUACACCAUUUGAGAAGCUAGAAGAAUUAAAUUUUUCAGCUGUGCCUACACUGAAGAGUAUCUACUGGAAACCUCUUCCAUUUCCAUUAUUGAGGCGCCUGAUUAUAACAGCCUGUCCAAAUCUGAAAAAACUUCCCUUCAACGCCACAAGUAUCCCACGUAUUGGCCAGUUGAGAAUAAUAGUGCGACCACCAGAACAGGAAACUGAGUUUGAAUGGGAAGAUGAAGAUACUAAAAAUCGUUUCUCGCCUACAUUCACAUGGGCUUUAGGUAUAUUAAAAUGGGUGAAACUUGAUCUGGAUUAG